CUCAUCCCUCCUUCGACCGUACAUUGUUUAGUAUUCAGGCAAGCCGCUCCGGUGCGCACACCGCCCCAUUGCCCCCUUCUUUCUCUCUCUACUAAACCCUCUAUGCUCUAAUCUCUCUACAGCAAUUAUACACACACACAUAUAUAUAUAUCGUCGAUUGCGUACAUUCUCUAUCUGCGUAUAUUUCUUGAUGCGGAGUUGAAGUUUCUCGUGGUCGUGGAUUGACUAUGAAUGCGUGUUCCUGAAUUAGAGGUUCGAAUUCUCUCAUGGAUUCGAUUUGGAUUCACAGCAGCGACCCAAGCGCUUGGCAUUUCAUUCUCGCGAUCCUAUUCGCAUUUGGUUUCGUUGCCCUCAGGGUUAUACUUGACAGAUUCUUAUUUCGUAGGCUUGCCAAAUGGUUGUUGAACAAUGGAGCCCGUCCAGUGAAGCGCAAUGAGGCUGCACGGAUGAUUGUAAAAUGCUCGGAGUCUAUGUGGAAGCUAACUUACUAUGCCACUGUUGAAACAUGGGUUCUAACAACUACCUACGAUGAGACAUGGUUCAGAGAUAUAAAAGAGUACUUCAGCAGCUGGCCAAAUCAAGAGUUAAGGCUUUCCCUAAAGAUGUACUAUAUGUGCCAAUGUGGGUUCUACAUCUACAGCAUUGCUGCCUUACUCACAUGGGAAACUCGGAGGAAGGAUUUCUCUGUGAUGAUGUCUCAUCAUGUAAUCACUGUUAUCCUGAUUGGAUACUCAUACCUUACAAGCUUCUUCCGGAUUGGCUCAGUUAUUCUUGCAUUGCAUGAUGCAAGUGACGUGUUUAUGGAAGCUGCUAAAGUUUUCAAAUAUUCUAGGAAGGAGCUUCGAGCUAGUGUGUUCUUUGGACUUUUUGCUAUUUCAUGGCUUAUACUAAGGCUGAUAGUCUUUCCUUUUUGGAUAAUCAAGGCCUCGAGCUAUCACGUCUGCCAGGUCUUGAAGAUAACGGAUGCGUAUCUCAUAUCAUUAUACUAUGUUUUCAAUACGAUGUUACUGACCCUACUUGUUUUCCACGUAUACUGGUGGAUUCUUAUAUGCGCAAUGAUCACAAGACAGCUGAAAAAUAGAGGAAAAGUUGGUGAAGAUAUACGGUCUGAUUCAGAGGAUGAUGAAUAGGAGGAAGAUUCCGCUCAAACUUUUUUUGCACAUUGUCAAUAUGCAUACAUACCCUUGAGGAGUUUCAUUCGCCUUCUUUUAUAGGUUUAUGAGCUGAAAAUUUUAGUACAUAUUGGUGGUGUUAGCUAUGGGAAGAUUGCUUUUGACGAGACUUCAUUUGCUUGAUUCUUACCCGUAGAAAUGGGCUGAAGUUUCUACAUUUCUAUUUUGUUUUUUUGUUUUUUUCUUCUUUUGAGUAGGAAAAAAGACACAGGACCAUCUAGUAAGUGGGCUCCAUGAUAACCCUGUGUUGUAUAAAAUAAUUAGUUAUUGCUGUAUAAUUCUCAAUGAUCUCUUCUUUUUUCUUUUCUUUUUUUUUUUGAAGUAAAUAGAUGAUCCCUUGCUCCGAGAGUAUACUUCUGUGAAAAAAUGAACAGAGCAGUUAACAAGAUUUUUAAUUUAUUUCU